GGUGGCUGUGCUGGGCGGCCGGGGCGUGUUGCGCCUGCGGCUGCUGCUCUCAGCGCUGAAGCCCGGGAUCCACGUCCCACGGGCCGGACCCGCGGCCGCGUUCGGAAAUCAGCCUGAGCCUGAGUACCGCUAAGGCUUUAAUCACGGGUCCCGAGAGCCCUAAGUCUUCUCUUUGCUUGCUGAUCUCGUACCUUAAUGUGCAAAAGAAUCACGUUGGGAACUGUGAAAAUUCAGAAUCCUGGGCCUCACUCCCAGAGGAUCUGAUCUACAUGCGUGGAGAUGCCCAGGAAUCUGCUUUAUUCUCUUUUGUCCUCCCACCUGUCCCCCCAUUUCAGUUCAACCUUGGGAUGCCCUGCCAGAGAAUCAGAGACUGUCCUUCUGCUGACGCUUGCCACCACGCUGUAUCUGGCAGUCAGAGUGUGGCCCCGGUGCCUGAGCCGUCUUAGGACUCUUCAGCCAUGAGCACCUCGGUAACCUCUGCCAAAGUGGCUGUGAAUGGCGUUCAGCUGCAUUACCAGCAGACUGGAGAGGGAGAUCACGCAGUCCUGCUACUUCCUGGGAUGUUAGGUGAAAGCGAUCACCUGAGGGUAACCAAGUGGCUGUUUUUAGGAAGUGGAGAGACUGAUUUUGGACCUCAGCUCAAGAACCUCAAUAAGAAGCUCUUCACGGUGGUUGCCUGGGAUCCUCGAGGCUAUGGACAUUCCAGGCCCCCAGAUCGCGAUUUCCCAGCAGACUUUUUUGAAAGGGAUGCAAAAGAUGCUGUUGAUUUGAUGAAGGCGCUGAAGUUUCAGAAGGUGUCUCUGCUGGGGUGGAGUGAUGGGGGCAUAACCGCACUCAUUGCUGCUGCAAAAUAUCCGUCUUACAUCCACAAGAUGGUGAUCUGGGGCGCCAACGCCUACGUCACUGACGAAGACAGCGUGAUAUACGAGGGCAUCCGAGAUGUUUCUAAAUGGAGUGAGAGAACAAGAAAGCCUCUAGAAGCCCUCUAUGGGUAUGACUACUUUGCCAGAACCUGUGAAAAGUGGGUGGAUGGCAUAAGACAGUUUAAACGUCUCCCAGAUGGUAACAUCUGCCGGCACCUGCUGCCCCGGGUCCAGUGCCCCACCUUGAUUGUGCACGGUGAGAAGGAUCCUCUGGUCCCGCGGUUUCAUGCCGACUUCAUUCAUGAGCACGUGAAAGGUUCACAGCUGCAUUUGAUGCCAGAAGGCAAACACAACCUGCAUUUGCGUUUUGCAGAUGAAUUCAACAAGUUAGCAGAAGACUUCCUACAAUGAGAAUGCACACUCGAGUCUUGGUGGUUCCUUCGUGUGGGGCUUGAUCGUGUUGCUGCCUGUUAACAUGAUGCCUUUGAAACUCUCCGCCUUUGAAACUUUCUACCCCUCCCUUCAAUCUUAUCCUAACCAAAUGAGAAUAAUGACAUAUUGAAAACAGCCUCUAGCUUCAGGCUGGGCACAGUGGCUCACAGCUAUAAUCUCAGCACUUUGGGAGGCUGAGGUGGGAGAAUUGCCUGAGCCCAGGAGUUCAAGACCAGCUUGUGCAAUAUAGGGAGACUCCGGCUCUACAAAAAAAAGUUUUUCAAAAUUAGCCAGGCGAAGUGGCACACAUCUGUGGUCCCAGCUGCUCAGGAAGCUGAGGUGGGAGGAUCACUUGAGCCCAAUUCAAAGCUGCAGCGAGCUGUAGUUGCAUCACUGCACUCCAACCUGGGCAACAGAGUAAGACCUUGUCUUAAAAAAAAAAUAAAAACAUAAAAAAAAAAUAAAAAAGGAAUAAAGCCUCUAACUUCAAUAGCUAUGAAAAUUAAAUCCGAUUUUCUAAGAUGAAGUUGUGACAAGUUAUACCAUUGUCUUAACAGGUGAAUUCCUGCCAUAAUUUAUUUUCAAAUAAAUUUUAGGUGGAGAAUGUGUAGUAUUAAUGUUGGAGAUUUUAAGACAUCUUGAAUUUAUACUGUACCUUUUAUCUGAGAGGUUCAAGCUUCACUUGUGUUUUUAUUUGUGUUUAUCUAUCAUAUUCAAAGAGAAGUAGGGAGAGUCCGUGCCCGAGGUCCUCAAUUCUAAGAUCAGAGGAUGUCCAGAACAGCAGCAGAUAGAGGCAGGUUUGCUUUACCCCAUAUCCCUCUCCUGGUUCACUUUUGAGAGAUGAAUACUUUGGGCCAGUAAAGGUGAACAAAAUAUGUAUUUUCAUCACUGUACUAAAAGGACAGGAAUGUUAUUAAUUAAAACACUAAAGCAGAAAACCUACAUUGCUAUUAAAAUUAAACUUUGAUUACCACAAUAAAAACAGUAACAAGUUAAACCUUGAAACUUUAUACUUAAGCAUUUAGAGAAAGAAUAAAAAUUAUUUGAAGUGAGAACACAGA